AUGGAGGAGCUUGGCGCCUCUCUGUGCUGCUGCCUUCUCGCAGCAGCAGCAGCAACAACAACAACAGCAGCAGCUGCUGCAGCGGUGUUGCUGCUGAAGGGGCCGGCGUCUCUGCUGCAAAAGCUGCAGCAGCAACACCAGGUGCUGCAGCAAGACUGUAGCAGCAGCAGCAACAACAGCAGCAGCAGCAGCGUAGUCGUAGCAGCGCGCGUUAGGGAAUGCAUGCAGCAGCUGCUGCUCUCUGCCUCUGGUGUGUCUCUACCCCAGAGCAUUUGUAUGCUGCAGCAGCAGCAGCAACAGCAGCAGCAGCAGAAGCAGCAACACAAGCAGCAGCAGGCGUCUCUUCUAGGGGGCCGAACUUUGCUGCAGGCUGCCUGGGGUAUUUCUUCACAAGCCGAAGUAAGGCAGCAGCAGCAGCAGCAGCAGCAACAGCAGCAGCAGCAGCAACAGCAGCAGCAGCAGCAGCCAUACGGGUUUGCCCCCCACAAUCCCAGCAGCAGCAGCACCGCCUUCUGCAAUUUACGCAGCGCCCCACAGCCCCUAUACCAUCCCAACUCUGCUGCUGCUGCUGCAGCAACAGCAGCUGAUGCUGCUGCUGCAUGCACCAGCGGAGGGUUCAGCAGCGAGAGCUGCUGGCCUGUUGCUGCUGCAGCAGCGCAGAAGCAGCAGCAGCAGCAGCAGCAGCAGCAUGGGGAGGGGCACGUUUCAGGUGGCUGGCAGGUAGACCCCACAGCGACAGCAACAACAGCAGCAGCAACAACAGCAGCAGCAACAGCAGCAGCAGAAGACCUUGAGAUUGCUGCAAUCGACGAAACCUGCCGCCAAGCGGAGUCACUGUGUGCGUUGCUGGCAGCAAAUUUGUCGCUGCAGGAACGGGCAGCAGCAGCAGCAUCAGCAGCAGCAACAGCAGCAGCAGCAACAACAGCAGCAGCAGAGAGACACAGAGGCCAAGCAGCAGCAAUACGAAGACAUGAACAAAUUAAAGCUACAAGAAAAUAUAUCAUUGUCGGUGCUCUUGCUGCUGCAAUCUUCUUCCUGCAACGCGCAUGCAGGUGA